AUCGUAUUUCUCCCAACAAAAAGAUGGCUGCAGCCGACGACUACGACGCCGCGGUCGCGCUGGCCGAGUUCCAGGCGGCCCGCGCCGGCGUCCGCGGCCUCGUCGAGUCCGGCAUCACCUCCGUGCCGCCGCUCUUCCUCACACGCAGGCCCCGAACCAGCAGCCCCUCCCCACCGCCAGUCGAGGCCCAGAACCAGCCGCCCCUCUUCACCAUCCCAAGCGUUGACCUCGCACUCCCGCUCUCAUCCACCCUGCCGCUCAUCCGCGCCGCCGCACGCUCGUGCGGCUUCUUCCACGUAACCAACCACGGCGUCGACGCCGCCGCCGUCGACUCGGCGGUGUCCGCCGUCCGGGCCUUCCAUGAGCAGCCACUCACCACGCGAUCGGCGUUCUACGCGCCCGCGUCCGUUGGGAGCAUCACCUACUCCACCAUCCCCAUCCAGACCGGUAAAAGUAAAACGACCUCCGCCGGCCCUCUCCUUCCCUGGCGCGACACGCUCCAGGUCCGCUUCGGCCCUCCUCCGGCGCCCGACCUCGCCCAUCUGCCGCCGGCUUGCCGGGACGCGCUGGUCAGGUACCAGCUUCUCAUGACGGAGCUCGGGAAGAAGAUGGCGGGGCUGCUGUCGGAGGCGCUCGGCGUCGGCGCGGAGCGGCUGGAGAGGGCGAUGCGGGUGGAAGGCUUGCUGAUGGCGUGCCACUAUUACCCGCCGUGCCCGGAGCCGGCGCGGGUGGUCGGCAGCCUGGGGCACACGGACCCCAGCCUCUUCACCGUCCUGGCGCAGGACGGGGUCGGAGGGCUCCAGGUGCGCCUCCACGACGGGCGGUGGGCCGACGUGCUGCCGGUGCCCGGCUCACUUCUGCUCAACAUCGGGGAUGUGCUCAAGGUGGUUUCAAAUGAUGAGUACGAGAGCGUGGAGCACAGGGUGGUGAUCAAGUCCUGUCAAGAUGCGAGGGUGUCCAUUGCACUCUUCUUUAAUCCCUCCAAGCGCCGGGAAUCCGACUUGUUUGGGCCGCUCCCGGAGCUCUUGACGGCGGGAAAGCAGCAGCGUUACCGCGCUUUCACCGUGACGGAAUUCAUGAGCUCCCGGAGAGAGCAUGGCCAUGGCACCAACUCCAUCGACCGGUUCAGGAUUGCACAUGAAUAAUCAGAUCGAGUGGUUCAGUGCAGACUAUUGUCACUCAUGAUGUACUCCUAGUCCUAGAGGCAUGCAUGUUUGUCAGGACGAACUUGGCUCUGUCUUGGCAGAAACGGAAAUUUAUAACACUGUAAAGAGAAAACUUGUUCAGUAAAUGGGACAUUAUCUGCA